AAAGUUGGUGUAUAGAUUUUAUAAACGAAGUAGCAAACACUGAAACCACCCCUAUUCGUUUUCGAUCCUAAUUUUCUUUAUGUUUUUCCAAUGGAAUCUCUUUCGAGUUCCCUCUCCAUCUCCAUCUCUAAUCUACGCGAGACCUACCCAAUUAUCAACAGCCACUUACCAUCUUCUUCUUUUUGUCUGAUCAAAGCGCCAAAUCAACGAAUUGGAUCUCUCAAAUUCAACUCUGAAACCUCUCAGUUUCGUAGGUUUUAUCUCCAAGCUCUACCUCGAGAGGUUCCCGAUGAAGGUGAAGACCAGCUGCAGCCUCUUACCCUUAAUAAUGGGUUUCGCUUAGUUUCUGAAGACAGUCAAUCUGUUUAUCAGGGUGAUUCAAAUCAGAGUAAAAGCAGCGAAAAAGAUGUAGAUAAGUUAAUAAAGGUUGAACUCCAUGGAAGUGGAGCAAGUGGGGGUAGCAGAGCUGGACUUUUCAGAACCCCAAUUUCUGGUGGAGUGCACAGUGCAACUUCAGCACAUGGAUUACCUCGGCCGGCCUUAGCUGUCCGUAAUCUGAUGGAACAAGCCAGAUUUGCUCAUUUAUGCACUGUAAUGUCUCGUAUGCACCACCGACGAGAAGGGUAUCCUUUUGGCUCUCUGGUAGAUUUUGCCCCUGAUUCAAUGGGCCAUCCAAUAUUUUCAUUUUCACCAUUGGCCAUCCACACACGGAAUUUAUUAGCAGACCCUAGGUGUACCCUUGUUGUGCAGAUACCUGGAUGGAGUGGCUUAUCAAAUGCAAGGGUAACAAUAUUUGGUGAUGUCUAUCCACUUCCCGAGCAUGAACAGGAAUGGGCUCAUAAACAGUACAUUGCAAAACAUCAACAAGGGCCUUCACAACAGUGGGGAAAUUUCUACUACUUCAGGAUGCAGAAUAUAAGUGAUAUAUAUUUCAUUGGAGGGUUUGGAACUGUUGCAUGGAUUGAUGUUAAGGAAUAUGAAGCACUUAAACCUGAUAAGAUUGCUGUUGAUGGAGGUGAACAAAAUCUAAAGGAACUCAAUGCAACCUUUUCAAAGCCCCUCAAAGAGUUGCUAUCAGCAGAGGCUGAGGUUGAUGAUGCGGCUCUUAUAUCAAUUGACAGCAAGGGAAUUGACAUUAGGGUCCGUCAAGGUGCACAGUUCAACGUACAGAGGUUAUCAUUUGAAGAAGGGCAGGGUGUUGAGACAUUGGAGGAAGCCAAAGUAGCUUUAUGGAAAGUAAUAAAGAAAGGCCAAGUGCAAAAUCUAAAGAGAUAGAAGAAGCUGCAACUUUCUGGCCUUCCGGGGAGCAUAAAGGCAAGACGAUGCGAAUCUCAGCCAUCACUGAAUGUAAUACUACUAUAGAGAAACGUUAUACAAGGUUUGUUUUCCUGCCGCAAGUAAUUUCUUAACUAGUAAUUUUCUGAUUUCUAGUGUAUCGAAUAUUUUCUUUUAUAUGUUUUUCUACAAGGAUCGGUUUACUAUUUAAAAA